CGGGUCGUUGCAGUUCUGCGCUCCGACCUGCAGGUUUUCUCCUACCGGCAGGAACGAUGCAGUGGAAACACAGUGACGCGAUUCAGGCAGCAACCUCCACACACUAACCGGAUCACUCCCUUUUAAAAUACAACUUAUUUCUGUGGAAAUAAAAUUCGGGGAAAGAAAACAACCUCAAAGCUGUGGGGGAUGGUGUCGCUUACCGACGCCGGAUAAUAAGACGUAAAGGCCGGCAGCAGCGGCGGCCGUUGUGGCGGUGGCAGCAGCACGGAGGUAGGGGAGGACAAGCUGGGCAGCUGGAACGAGCAGAAGGCUGGGUGAAACCGGGCUUCUCUGAAGGGAUUUCUUGAAACUCUUUUGGAUAGCAGGCCCGUGGAGGACCAGGACACCCCGCCGUGGGGACUGACCGCGACGGUUCUCCGUACUUUACACACCGUAGCCCCAGCCGGAGGAGCGUAGGACACGACGGUAAACCGAAGCAGGACUCGGACACCGGGGAAGUAGAGGAGGGGUCCGUGCUGCUCCCCCUAGUCUGACCGGACCUCACUGAGCCCCGUCCACCAUGAACCCCCUGAACCAGAUGAAGGCUGGACUGGCCAAUAACUCGCACAGUGAAGGUUCUUACUCGUAUGACCCCUCCAACUGGCAGCAGCCCACCAACCAGCCCACCGGAUCCCUGUCAGUGGUAACCACCGUCUGGGGAGUGACCAAUCCCUCGGCCAGUCAGGGUCUCGGUGGAGGAGUGAUGGGACCCGGCGCCAACCCCGGUGGCGGGCCCAUGAUGCAGGGCCCCAGCGGUCCGGGUAUGGGCGGUGGACCAGGUGGCUACAUGGGUCAGCAGGGCUACGGAGAGCCCAACAAAGGCUACAUGAACCAAGGCAUGUACGGCCGGCCGACCGGGGGCUACAGUGGAGGACCAGGCGGGUACACGAGCAGUUACCCCUCCAACCCUGGCGGUUCCCGAGGAUCGGCCGACUUCACUCAGGCCGCGGCCGCCGCCGUCGCCGCUGCUGCCGCCACAGCAACUGCCACCGCCACGGCGACAGUCGCCGCCAUCCAGGAGAAGCAGAAUCAAGAGAUGAACUACGGCCAGAUGCCGGGUCCGGCCUACAACAGUCAGUUCAUGUCCCACUCCGGCCCCCGAGGUCCUCCGAACAUGAGUCCGGCAGGUAUGGGGCCCGGGCCAGGAGGACCCGCCAGGGUCCCUCCUUCGAUGGGGCCCAUGUACGGACCUGGAGGCCCACAGAGGGUCUCCCAGCAUCCAAACUAUGGUCCCGGACCACAGCAGGGUCACCUGAGGCCCCAGCAGGGUCUGAAACGACCGUACUCUGAGUCGUUCCCCGGAGUCUCUCAGCAGUACGGUGUCCCAGUGGGUUCCAGCGUCAACGUGAUGUCAGGCCCCGGUGGUGCUGGCGGUGCGUUGCCCGGUUCAGGUGGAGGCGGCCAUUCUGGACCUGGUCCAUACCCUGGACCUAACAUGCAGUACCACCCAGGUCCCGGUGGUGCAGGCCCCGCCCCCCAACGUUCUGGCUCCUCACCCUCCUAUCAGAGUCACAAGAUGCCCUUGCCCCAAUACCCUCCUUCUGGGCCCCCCAACUCGCAGUACUACAAGCAGGAACAACUGAAUGGUCAGGGUGGAGGUUUGAACGCACUGACAGCAGGGGGCCCCGGUGGUGUCUACAACUCCUUCAGUCAACCUUCCGGGCCUGGUCGAGGGUUGCCAGGUUACCCCUCCUCCCCGGUGCCUGGUAAUCCAACGCCGCCCAUCACCCCUAGCGGCUCCAUGGCGCCUCCCUAUAUGUCGCCGGGCAACAGUGACAUCAAGCCACCGCCCUCCGCCUUCCUACCAGACAUUAAACCCAACAUGGCUGGUCUGCCUCCGCCCCCCCCUACAGGAAAUCCCAGUGACGAACUGCGGCUGACCUUCCCCGUGCGCGACGGUGUCGUCCUAGAGCCGUUCAGGUUGGAGCACAACCUGGCUGUGAGCAACCACGUUUUCCAGCUGCGAGAGUCCGUCUACAAAACGCUUAUCAUGAGACCGGAUCUGGAGCUCCAGUUUAAGUGUUACCACCACGAGGACCGGCAGAUGAACACUAACUGGCCCGCCUCGGUGCAGGUCAGCGUCAACGCAACUCCUCUCACCAUCGAGCGAGGCGACAACAAAACCUCCCACAAGCCCCUGUACCUGAAACAAGUGUGUCAGCCGGGCAGGAACACCAUCCAGAUCACCGUCACCGCCUGCUGCUGUUCCCACCUGUUUGUCCUCCAGCUGGUCCAUCGUCCGUCAGUUCGCUCUGUGCUCCAGGGUCUGAUGAAGAAGAGGUUGCUGCCCGCAGAGCACUGCGUCACCAAGAUAAAGCGGAACUUCAGCAGUGGCUCCAUCCCUGGGACUCCCGGGUUAAACGGCGAAGACGGCGUGGAGCAAACAGCCAUCAGAGUCUCUCUAAAGUGUCCGAUCACUUUCCGCCGCAUCCAGCUCCCGGCCAGAGGUCACGACUGCCGACACAUACAGUGUUUCGACCUGGAGUCGUACCUGCAACUUAACUGUGAGAGAGGGACCUGGAGAUGCCCCGUGUGCAAUUAAACCGCUCUGUUAGAAGGUCUGGAGGUGGAUCAGUACAUGCUAGGAAUCCUCAUCUACGUUCAAAACUCGGAGUACGAGGAGAUCACCAUCGACCCCGUCUGCAGCUGGAAACCCGUCCCGGUGAAGCCGGACAUCCACGUGAAGGAGGAGUCGGACGGCCCCGUGUUGAAGCGCUGCAGGACGCUCAGCCCAAGUCAUAUGGUCCUGCCCAGCGUAAUGGAGAUGAUCGCAUCGCUCGGUCCAGCCCCCUCCUCCUCCACGGCCCCCGCCGCCUCCUCGUCUUCCCCCAUGCCCUAUUCUUCCCUACCUGCAGGGGGCAGCAAUAACAACAGCAACACCCCGGAAUAUCCAGGACCAGCUCCGUCCUAUUCAGCCCAGUCUGGGACUUUCUCUGACUUCAGUGGUCCAGGGACUCCGGGGAUGGGAGCGGAUUUCUCCUCCCCUGGUCCUCCCCCUCUGUCCUAUCAGUCUGAACUCUCCAGUGCCCUCCUCACCCCCGACAAGCCUCCCCCACACCCUCUCACAGGACAGAUACCAGCCUCAGGACGUCUUGACUCCACUUCGCAUGGUGCUUCACUCGCCCAGCAGUCACAGAGUCUACAGGGCAACUCACAGCUGGGGGGCGGCACUCAGUUAAUGCAGCGUAGCAACCCCAACCCCCGACUACAGGCCGACAGCUCCUUCAGUCUCGUGGGGUCCGCGGAUGUGCCGGAACCUUCUCUGGAUCUGCUUCCCGAGUUGACCAAUCCUGACGAGCUGCUGUCCUACCUGGGCCCGCCUGAUCUGCCCAGCAACAACAACGAUGACCUGCUGUCACUGUUCGAGAACAACUGAAGACACAAACACACAUACACGCACUCACACUCGCGCGGACUUACUUGCACACCUCAUGAAAUUAAAAAUGGACUCCGAUGUAAAAGAGAAAAGAAAAAAACGAACUCUCGUCUCCUCGCCUGCCAUCACUGUCGGUCCAACAUGGCUGCGGUCUGCACAAGAUUUCGGGGGACGAUAAAAUCCAAGUGAAAAAUGAAAAAAAAAACAACUUUUAAACAAAAAACUCUUUGAUGUGUGACUGUGAACUUGAUAGUAAUUUUAUUUUAUUUGUUUUUUAUUUUGUUUUGUUUUUUCUUUAUUUGGGAAACUAUUUUGAUGCUUUAUCCCUCAUUCCUUUAUCAGAGCUGAGAAGCUAACUGCUAACAAACGGCUGCCAUAGACUGUAGCCACGUGCAGUCGAGUCUCUACGUCGCUGCUGAGCGACGGCCUCAUCGUCGAGUCUCCAGCGUUCCGGUGUUUUUCUGCCAAUACUGCUUUUGUUUUCCUUCCCACCGUCCGCCUUCAGCAGCGACCAGGACCGAGUGCAGUCCUGUGGCUAACGAGCUAAGUCUCUUUAACCCUAUCUGUAGAUAAAGAUGAGCUUUAAAGGGACAGUUUGACUUGUUUCCGAUGUGGAGGAUUAACACCGAGGACAACGAUAUGCCCGACCCAAUAAAAUGUUCUGAACUGACACUUCAACACUUCUUAUGAGAGAGAUAUAGAUUACCUUGCAUCUGUGGGGUGUUCCACUCAGCCCAAGCCCUAAUGUUGGUUUUUAUAGAAUAUUUUGAAAUGAAAGUGUGACCCGGACCAAAGCUGAACCAUUCGUCCAAACCACGUUGUCCAAAUUUGACAGAAUCUGCUCCCAUCUGGGGUUUAUUUCUAGUGAACAUUUUUCGCCCUGAAGACGGCGACCAGGGGACAGGGUCGGCCAAAGACGAGGACGGCGAUGUGACCGGGUGUAGGAAAAAAAAAUAUUGAAAUGAGUUUUUUUUUUUUUUUUUUGCUCGUUCUUUCCAACCAUCGCCACAGCUUGUAUAUCCGAAAAUUUUUGGAAAAAAAAAAAGUCUGUCGUCAUCCUCAUGCUCAUCGUUAUUCUGUGUGUUGUAAAGUGACUAGAGUCCAGAUGGUUGUGACGUCUCCAUGUCCCAGUGGCUUCUCCAAAAAAAACUGUCCAUGAUCACUCUGUUUGGUCCAAUAAUCAUAAUAACAGUACAAAUGAUGAUAAUAUUAAUAACCUUUGUAAUUUAAUAAACACACACUGGAAAGACAAA